UUCUCCAUCGUUUUGUUUGGCAACUGGCCCCUUCUAAGCUGUGUGGUAGUAUUAACUUGCUCUGCGGCCGGCUGCAUGACAGCGGAUCGUGGGAUCCUUUAAGGAGGAGUCCUUGCCAGACGCACCCAUCUCUACCCUCAACCCCACUCGUCUCUCUCCCCGCGGUCUAGGACCACCAGGAUCAGUUUUGGGGUUGUCUUUCUCCAGUGAGAGUUGGAGAGAACAGGCUUGCAAAGAAUAAGAGGAGGCAGAGGGAACAAAAGAUAAGUAAGUAACAGUAGUGUUGUGAAUUCCUUUGGACAAUUGAUAUUUAUCACUGUGCUCGUCUUCUACACAUAAAAGAUGGGUGGAUUAUUUUCUCGAUGGAGGACAAAACCUUCAACUGUAGAAGUUCUGGAAAAUAUAGAUAAGGAAAUUCAAGCAUUGGAAGAAUUUAGGGAAAAAAAUCAGAGAUUACAAAAAUUAUGGGUUGGAAGAUUAAUUCUCUACUCUUCAGUUCUUUAUCUGUUUACAUGUUUAAUUGUAUAUUUGUGGUAUCUUCCUGAUGAAUUUACAGCAAGACUUGCCAUGACACUUCCAUUUUUUGCUUUUCCAUUGAUCAUCUGGAGCAUAAGAACAGUGCUUAUUUUCUUCUUUUCCAAGAGAACAGAAAGAAAUAAUGAAGCAUUGGAUGAUUUAAAAUCCCAGAAGAAAAAAAUACUUGAAGAAGUCAUGGAAAAAGAAACUUAUAAAACGGCUAAAUUAAUUCUUGAAAGGUUUGAUCCAGACUCAAAGAAAGCAAAGGAGCUUGAGCCGCCAUCUGCUGGAGCAGCUGUAACUGCAAGACCUGGACAAGAGAUUCGUCAGCGAACUGCAGCUCAGAGAAACCUUUCUCCAACACCACCAAGCUCUAGCCAGGGCCCUCCUCCACAAGUUCCAGUAUCUCCUGGACCACCAAAGGACAGUUCAGCCCCUGGUGGACCUCCAGAAAGAACUGUUACUCCAGCCCUAUCAUCAAAUGUGUUACCAAGACGUCUUGGAUCCCCUGCUACUUCAGUGCCUGGAAUGGGUCUUCAUCCUCCAGGUCCACCUUUAGCAAGGCCCAUUCUCCCGCGAGAAAGAGGUGCUCUGGAUAGAAUUGUUGAAUAUUUAGUUGGUGAUGGUCCACAGAACAGGUAUGCCCUUAUAUGUCAGCAGUGUUUUUCUCAUAAUGGCAUGGCUUUGAAAGAAGAAUUUGAAUACAUUGCUUUUAGAUGUGCCUACUGUUUUUUCUUGAAUCCUGCAAGAAAAACUAGACCUCAGGCUCCAAGACUUCCAGAGUUUAGUUUUGAGAAGAGGCAGGCAGUGGAAAGCUCAAGUUCAGUUGGUCCUUUGCCCUCAAGAAGUGUGAUUUCAUCAGAGAACCAGAUCAGUGAAGAAUCUGUAGAAGAACAAGAUGUUCUUGAUAACAGUACAGAGCAGACAGAUGAGAAAAUAUCAGAUACAGAGGAGACAGACCAAGGGACUGAAAAAGUAUCUGGCACAGAGGAACCAGAGGAGAAACAAGAGGCUGAAAAUGAGGACACCUCAAUGAAUGAAGCCAAAUCAGCAGUCCCUAGAGCUGAUUCUACUCCUAAUCCUGAACUCAGUGGAGAAUCUUUGAUGGCCAUGUAGUAAAUGCUUCCAUGUGCCUUCAACUGGAUAUUUAUAGUCUUGUUGAUGUCAGUUAUUGCUUUCUAGGUGGUGCUUUCUUUUUUUCCCUUGUAAGGAUAUAUGCUUGAUAUCAUUUGAAUUUAGAUUGCUUGGCUAUUUCACUAUAUCAGAGUUGUAGCUCCUGGGUGUUAAAUUAAAGGCAAGUGGUAUCAGUAAAGUAAGAACCUUUGGAAUGUAUAAAGACCCACACUGUUUAGCCAGGUAUUAGAUGUUUUCUUCCAUUCUAAAAGUAAACAAAAUAGCAUUCUUGUUUUCUCUGUGUGUGACCUAUAAAUAAUACCAUUUUGACAUAGGAAGAACUUUGGUUAUGAAUAAGUUCUAAUGGUGUUUAAGGACUGAAACUCAAUUAAGAUUUUUAAUCAUUCAUCAUCAAAAAUGGAUGGACUUUUAAUUCUUGAGGUAUUUGCAGGGGUGAUGUCUACUUAGGCAUUUACAUUAAGUGGUAGGAAAGUUAUAACUGUAUCUCUAUAGGCAUUGGUACGAAUUCUCUGUAAGAAUGCAAUUGAACAGUCAAGUGCAGUGUUUCUUCUUUGAUGUUUCUUAUUUUGCAGCCGGGCCAAAGGCACAUGAUGUAUAUAAUUAGCUUAUGUUUACAUAUUAACAUAUAGGAAAUACCUCUGCACUUGACUGUACUUGAAUUCUGAGCAUUAUUUAUACUUGUAAAAUAAUGGUGAUAUAUAAGUGAAUUUUGUGCUCUUGUGUGUAUUUUGUUAAGGAAAAUAAAGAUGAUCUGGCAGCAGUUUCUUUUUGUUAAGUAUCUAGACUUCUUCAGAUAGUGUCUUGGUGGAUGACUUGGCUACCUAAAAAAAUCUUAGUAGGAGCAGCUCACAGUAUAAUUAAUCUAUAGACUCUCCUGAGAGUAAAUUAUGAUGCUUCAGUUCAGACUGAUUGCUUUUCAAAUUCAGAGAAAUAGGGGCAUUUAGAGGUUCUAAUCAGAGAUUAGGGUUUUCUGAUUCAGGGAAGCCUGAAGCCAUUUUUAAUUUCUAAUUUUGAGAAAGAAAUAAGUAUUGAGAAUAAGCAAUUAGUUACUAAUAGUUCAUUGGAGUUAAUCUAUGUAUUAUUAACUGGGAAAAAAAGUCACCCAGAAUGGUAAUUCUUGGACCUUAAAUACAGUGUGGUUAUCUUUUUUUAUCUUCCUUUUGUCUUUCUUCUCCAUUAUUAAGAAAAUUGAAAUAGAGGUAGGUAGGUGUGUAUAUAUAUAUAUAUAUAUAUAUAUAUAUAUGAAUGGAUGAAUGGUAUAUAUGGCAAAUAUUUCUAAGUUUAAUAAACUAAAUACAGUUUAUUAAACAUUUAAUAAAAUAACAUUUAUUAUUUAAAAGCUCAUCUUUAUGAUUAGUAUCUUAUAUCUGAUAGGUAUUUUAAUGAGUCCAAUCUAUUAAUAGUCUGAGGCAUUAUGGUAUAGGGACCAGAGUUUUUGAAUCACAGAACUGGGUUUAAUUUCUAGCUCUGUUGUCUUGGGCAAGUCACCCAGCCUCUCUGAGACUGUUUUUUUCAACGUAAAAUGGGAGGUAUAAUAUCUACUUUUUGGGGUAUAUGGAUGAUUAAAAGUAAUUUAUAUAAUAGGCCUAGCUCACUGCCUGACAAUUAAUAAUUAAGUAAAUGACAACAUUUUAUAUUAUUGAUAUCCUUGUGAAGUAUGGAAGGGCUAUAAAUUCUUCCUCUUGUAAAUAAGGAAAUGAAAAUAUAAUAUGGACAUAUAAUUUAGCUGCUCAGAAUCAAGCCAGUUUUCUGCAUCAACUUUUCUCUGUCAUAUACAUAUAUAUAAAUAAAUACAUAGAUGACAGAAAUAGGAACCUGAGACUAUGGAAUAUAAUCUCUGAAUAUAAUCUUUUUUGGGGAAGGUAGAUCUCAGGUUUUGUACAUUAUUGACCUAUAAACGUUUUAGUGACAUCAUGCUGAGUCUUGUUUUUUUAUUUAUGUAUUUAUGUAUUUAUUUUUGGAGUGGGUAGAAGGGCAGAGGAAGAGAGAGGUUCUCAAGCAGAUUCCCUGAUGAGCGCGGAGCCUGAUAUGAGGCUCAAUCUCACCACCCUGAGAUCAUGAUCUGAGUCGAAAUCUGGAUUCAGAUGCUUAGCAGGGUCAGCCACACACAUGCCCCUAGUCUUCUUGUUUUAAAACAUUUAAAUUCUGGUGUACAUUGCUUGAAAAUGAGGGGUACUUCAGAGAAAUACAAUUGAAUGAUAGAAUCAAGCAAAUAUGAGAAACAUCUUUGAAAGGAAAAUGAAAGGAAGCAGGUUAAAAGGGGAUUAGUGAGAUCACUGCAACAGGUAACAGGCUGUAAUUGUAUAGCACCCUUUAAAAUAGAAAAGGUUAUUGUAAUAAAUAGUGGUUUUGAAGAAUGGUUAAAUGUUCUAUUUCUGAUUAUUAGGACUAGUGUAGGAAAAAUAAACUGCUAAGUGCUAUUAGCUAGAGUGAUCUUAACUUCCCUACUUAGAAAUGCUCCACAGAUAUUUUCAAACUCUUCUCACUGUGUUCUGAGCAUGAUCUAUAAACAUGGUCUGACUUCUUUGUCCCCAUCCCUCCUCCACUGUGAUGCUGUACCUUCCAGGGCUCUCCCAGUUCUGUGAUCAUGCUAAACCCAGUACUUCAGUAAGUCUACACUUAAAAGUUUCCUGCUCAGAGAGGGAUGCUCUUGAAUUCCUUAUCUAAAGCUGGCCUCUGCCUAGUACUCUCUGUUAUGUCACUUUAUCUCUACUAAUGGUCCUUGUCACAAUAUUAGUAUUUUAUUUGUUUACUAGUUUACUAUCUUCACAACACACAGUGUGUGUGCAAGGCUCUUUUUACCUGUAUCUGCAGGUCUAGCUUGAUGCAUAUUUUUAUGUAAAUGAAUAAUUUAGUUGCUUAAUCCAGUGAAAACUCUCAGUUCUUAGCUUAUUUCACUGCUUGGAAGUAUUGACACUGUUGAGCACUCCCUUUGGCUCGAAACACUUUUUUUUUCUUCUGGCUUUAGAGCUCUCACACUCUGGCACCUGCCUCUCAGUGUCCUUUGCAGGCUUCUCUUCCCCUACCCAUCCAUUAAAUACUAGUGUUCCAUAGCUUCUUCCUAGUGCCAGCAUUUCUUCAUUUGCAUAUUCUCUUUCUGGAGGAUCUCAUCAACCCCAUGGAUUUAAUUAACACCCAUCUCUCUGAUUCUCAAAUCUCCAGUCUUGAUCCGUUUGCUUUACUUCAGACAGAUAUAAUCCCCUGCCUUCUAAAUGUCUUUCACAAUCAGUAUAUUCAAAAAUGAACACUAUUUUCUCCUUCAAACCUUCAAAACUUAAAAAUAUGAUGUAUUUGAACUACACUGACCCCUCAUCCCCUUUCCCCUUUUUCCUACAUCUUCACUGUCAAUUUCUGUCUCCAAAACAUCUUCCAGUUAUUUUUUCAUUUCUCCAUCCCAUUAACAUUAAUAAUGAUAAUAAACAUUUGCAUUCUUACUCUGUGCCAGGCAACAUGCUAACUGUCCCAUGUGCCUUAUUUGCUCUUUGGCAUAACCCUAUGAGGAUUUUUAUUUCUGGAUUAUAGAUGAGAAAACUGAGCUGUAGAGAGAAUAAGCAGUUUGGUCAGUGGAAAUUCCAUGAUUUGAAUGCAGACAGAUAACUUUAGAAGUCUUGCUUUUAAUUACUGACCUACUUCUUCUCAUUGAGGCAUCCAGUAUCUCCGCACUGUAUCUUCACUGGUUUCUGUCUCCAGUCUUGCUCACUUGCGAUCUAUUUUGUGCACUGUAGCAUGAGCCUUUCCCAGUUCUAAAAUUUGGGAAAGGAAUCCUGCUACACCAUUUCUUAAACCCUUCAGUGAUUCCUCAUUGUUCUUGGGAUGAGGUCCAAACUGACUGGUAGGGCCUACGGAGCCUGUGUAAUUCUCCUUCUAGUUACCUCUGGCAUUUCUGACCACAACUAUUGCCACCAUUCCCGCCCCACUUUUAAUGUAGCUAUCUUAAUGUGUUCUGUGGUUUGUAUAUGCAAAGUAUUUUCUAAUCCCCCAGCUUGCACUUCCUCUGCCUGGGAUAUCGUCCCACUCACGAAGACACGGGGACCUGCGAUAAACAGUUGCCAGAUUGCAUUCAAGUAAGAGUGGUUAGAAGCCAAGUUUGCAAAUGUUGCUAAUUGUCGUUAACCUAUAGCUUUUAUUCUUGAAAUUUAUCUUUCUUGUUUUAUGCAUUCGAUAUGCAGUAUUGUUAUGGAGAACCUGAGUCAGGAGAGUUACAGCUUUAUGUGCGUGUGUGAGAGAGAAAAGGUGAAUGGGAGAGAGACUCGAAUUUUAUAUUGUAUGCUGCAUGUCGGAAAAGCUGAAUGACUUACACGGGUCAUAGGUGUAGGUAGCAUCUGAACCAAGCCAAAACUCAGAUCUCAGCUCUUUAUGCAGAUGCUUUAUAAUGAGCCACCAACUUUACACUGCCAAUCGAUAUUGGUGUUGGAGUUUGGUUACUGGAAAAAUGUGAUAUGUUUUCUUAUUUUUUUUUUCAUGCAAAUCAGUCAAAGCCAAGAAUGGGGAUAAUUGACGCAAUUAUGAAUAGCUAUUUUGAAACAAUUAUGGAGAACAGAGCUGUUUUAAAAAAUCAGAAGAAAAUAAUGUAAGUUACUAUAUAGUAUAACCUCAAUUCAUUGGAAAAAAAUUGUAGAAGAGACUUAGAUGUAGUUUAUGGACUCCCAAAGAGCUAUUAUAAAUAAUUCAAGUACUUACAUAAAGAUGAAUCAAGAUAAAGAUGAUUAUGAAUUGAUGAUCUGCUAAAUCUUACUGUUUGUAAUUUGUUUCAAAGUUAUUGAAGAUCUAAAUAUAUUAACUCCACCUAGCUAAUAAGUAAAUGUAUUCAGGCUCUGAAUUUAGAAAA